GAAAUGUCAGAAGAGUCAGAUCCAGCAUCUGAGUCAUUCAGCGAUGACGAUUUAUUGGAGGAAUAUGAUGAGGAAGUCGAUUAUGACCAGGAAACUACCAAUUAUUUCUACAACAAAUCACUGAAACACUACAGAAAUGAGUUCUUGGACGAUAGCGGUUUCAGCGAAACCCUGUUUAGUGCUGGGCUUGACUUGUCAGAUGGUUUUGUGAACGAUUGUUUCAGUACAAAAGUAGAAAUGUAUGACAAAAUGCUUGACAUCAGUGAGAGUUUUGAGCGCUGUGCAAAGUAUCCAGAGACCUACAAGCAUUGUAAAAUUGAAAUAUUUAAUGCUCACAGAGCGGUCUGUACCACAAUGGACGGCGAAAUGGAAAUAGAAAUAUCAGGAAGAUCAAAAUGUGGCAAAGCCUUUAAUGAAGACGAGGUCGUAGUGGAAAUUCUACAUAACGAUGAGCAUAGAAAUAAGAUAUAUGGGAAAGUUGUUUGCAUAACAAAAAGAAACGAAUCAAUUCCAGAAUACCCUGUAUUUGUUUGCACUAUGGACGACCGCUUCAUGAUACCCGUAUGUAAAACUGUGCCUAAAAUUUAUCCAUUAAAGGAGGUAUUUGAGGGACCAAGAAAACCAGGCGUUAACGUAUACAAGUUGAAUGAAAUAACAAAAAAACUUAUAAUAGAUGAAGUAAAGUUCAUAGAUCAAUCAAAACGAAAAGAAUACACCUUUCUCGUUUGUUUCAUAAAGUGGGAAGGUGUUUAUCCCAUAGGUGCAAUAAUAAAGGUUUAUGACCCAAAACAUAAUGUAGAAACAUCUCUAAACCUUAUUUGCCUGGAAAACAAAGUAUCUGUCCUCUACAAAGAAAAAACGAUAGAGAAAGUGGGUGAACUAGAAAGAGAGUCAGAUAUCAGAUUAGAGGAAAAGAGAGAGGAUUUGACAAACCUUCAUGUGUUUACUAUCGAUGAUAAAAAAUCCAAAGACUUAGAUGAUGCAUUGAGCAUAAAGGAGAUUGCAGAUUCCCAUUUUGAAGUUGGUAUCCAUAUUGCAGACGUUGGAAGCAUAGUUAAAAGGGAUGAUGACAUUGAUUUAGAGGCACAAGAAAGAUCAACCACAUUUAACCCAGGAGGAAACCAUCGUGCGUAUCAUAUGUUACCAGAACCUAUUGCAACAGGAUUAUGUAGUCUUCUUCCAUUUCAUAAAAGGAAAACUUUGUCAGUCUUCUUCAUCAUAGACGGGUCCGGAAAUAUUAUAGACAAGAGAACAGAAGUCAAACGAACAUAUGUAAAGUCAAGGCGCUCCUUUACGUAUCAAGAAGUUCAGAAGUUAUUGACGGAAAAUGAGAGCAGCGAUGAUGCUUUUAAGAACACAUUGAUUAUGUUACAUGACAUUUCGAAGAAAAUACGCUAUAAACGCUUGGGGUUAAAGAUUUUUUCUAUUCCAUUUGAACAACAAUUCACCGAAUCAUAUUAUGAAUACAAUAAAUCACUUGAUGCACGUAUUAUGGUAGAAGAAUACAUGAUACAUGCGAAUAGUUUCAUAGCAAAAUUCCUUCACGAAUCGUUUCCAGAUUGUAUUCCUCUUCGUACUCAAAGCGAACCAUCUCCUUGGAAAAUGGAAGAAUGGGAAGAAAAUAAUCCUGUUUUUGCCAAUUUUGUUCUUUCGUUACAAAAUCAAAACCUUCCGCCAAAUCAGCUUUCAAUAGACAAUAUUCAUGAAUAUACCAUUUCACAUCAAAUACCAGUGCAAAAGUAUAUCUGGAAGAAAAUGAAUUUGGAAUUCAGCUUUGGAAGGUACAAGAAUGUACAAAGACUAAUUGGCACUGAUGAAUUUCAUCCAAAACAAGCCAUGGCUUAUGAAUCAUGGAUAUCUUUCCAAAAGACAGCAGUUUAUAACUGUUCUGGAUCAUGUCGUCAUGAUGGUAACCAUUUUUCUUUAGGAAUUAAUCCGUACGUUCAUUUCACAUCUCCUAUACGCCGUUAUGCAGAUUUAAUGGUGGGUCGACUUGUCCAUGCAAAGAUUGACAAAAAACCCUCGCCCUACUCACAAAACGAAAUUGAUAUGUUAUGUAGGAAAAUCAACAUGUGCCGUAAUUUAGAAUUUAAAAGACAAUGUCAAUUAUUACAUUUAGGAAGGCAACUUCAAGAAAAACCUCGUUUGUUUCAUGCAUUGGCCAUUUCAGCCACUGAAAAAUCUCUUGUUGUAUGUUUCCCAGGAUUGCGAGCUUUAUCAAAAACAUGCAAUGAAAUUGAAUUUUGUUUGCUGAAAGUAAGUUCAAAACCAUUCUUUGGAGAAAAUGGUCAAAGAGAUCAUCUUCUAACUUUAUCUUGGUUACAACGAUUAUAUUCUUGGAGGGAAUAUUUAUCUUCCACGCCUGUUUCGAAUGGUGGUUCUGUAAACUUAAAUCCACAUCGCAAAGUAAAUUUUGUUUCCAUUGGGAGAUGGAAGAUGUUCAUAAACGCAAUGAUAAAUGACAGUAUACACACACUGGGGGAGAAUUUUGAUGAUGGAGAGGUUCUACCCAUUGUCCCUGAGUGUCUUGAGACACAUCUUGAUGCUAUUUCUGAAAAACAUAAUGAUACCAUAGUUCAACAGUACACAGAAUUUAGUUUAUCAUUCGACCGUGGUCAAGUUAUUCCUCUUCAACUUGGAGCUGAACAGAAAGGAGGGAUUGUGGUGCCAACUAUUCAUCUUUUAGAAAUUUCAAAGAAUGUGAAAUGCUGCAUUCAACACAUGUCUGAUCCAAUUGAGUGUUUCGCAGCUUAUGCCACUAGACAUGCAGGCAACAGACCGAUGACACCAGAUGAAUACGUUAAAGUUUGGUCGGAAAUUUUUCGAAUGGAAUCCAUAACCAAUGCAUCAAACUCUUUAUCAGUAGUCAUCAAUCAUUUACCUAUACGAUUUUGCAGUUCUAAGAUUGGAUAUGGCUUUUUCGUAUUAAACAAAACGUUUUGCCUGCAGCGAGAUUUGAAUUUCCAAUGGGAAAAAACAGAGAGCGAUGGAAAAUUUGUUCCUUUUGAAAGGAACUUUCUAUGCAUUCGGUGCGAGACGCAGAAUGGGUGUCCUUUGGAAGAUAGUUUCAAUUCUCCUCCGAACAGGAGAUGGAUAUGGGUUGGCCAUGGGGAGACAAAAUUUAUUCAAAAGGACAUAAUCAAUGACGAAGUUACAGUACAAUUUCAGUUGCAUGAGAAAAGCAGAAAACCAACACUCCCAAUGAUCAAUGCCACAACCUGUAUUUGUACAAUAGAAAUUCUUCAGAUGUCAGUUUCAGAUAGACGCAUUGAACUAAAUUUGAACAAGCUUGAUAAGGCAACAAAUCUGGCGAAGUCAAUAGCUUUGAGAGAAGAGAUGCCUAAACUUGAUGAUCGACACCUAAACUUAGGAAAACUUCAAGAUCCCAACAGAUUCGAAGAAGUUUUGCAGCCAAACAAUAAUAAACAGUCAGAGGCGAUUAAAAAAGCUCUGUCUUCACGAUUUACACUGAUACAAGGCCCUCCAGGCACAGGAAAAACUUCGACUGGCAUAAAGCUUUUAUUAUUAUUUGUGAACAUAAAUUUGGAGUAUCGGAAAAACAGCGGUGACCACAAACAAGUUAUAUACUGUGGGCCAUCCAACAAGUCCGUUGAUUUAGUAGCACGACAGCUACAUCUGAAGUUGAAAACACUGUGUCCAAAUAUAGUUAGAAUGUACGGAAGUUCUAUUGAAAACACGGUAUUUCCUAUACCUGGUAGAGAGUAUAUCAAUAAGACAUCUAAAACAGACAACAGACCCGACCCGGACUUAGCGGAUGUUUCACUCCAUAACGUGAUAAGAAAAGACGGUAAACCAUAUGCAAGGGAACUAAAGCAGCUAGAUAAGCUCUUUCAAAUAAAUCCAGAAGGAGUUGAUCCUGAAAAAAUUAUUAAGUAUAUGAAGAUACUCAGCAAGGCUACGCAAGAAGAGCUCAAACAUUAUGACGUCAUUUUUUGCACAACUUCCGUUGCAACAAAUCCGAAAUUACUUAAAGCAACACAAGGAAAAGUCUUUCAAUUGAUAAUUGACGAAGCGGGAAUGUGCACUGAACCAGAAACAAUCGCUCCAAUUAUUGCAACGAAAGCAGAACAAGUAGUCCUUAUUGGAGAUCACAAACAACUUCAACCAAUCAUCAUUUGUCCCGAGGCUUGUAGAUUAGGGCUUUCCAAAUCUUUAUUUCAACGGCAUUCUGACAAUGCAGUGGAAUUAAAGUCCCAGUACCGCAUGAACCCGAAAAUUUGCGAAUUCCCAUCAAAACAAUUUUACAAAGACAAGCUUAAUACGGAAAGUUCCAAAACAUGGCACACUGAGAAACCCCUUACAUUAUGGAGGAAAUGGAAUAUACCUCUACUGUUUUGUCAUGUAGAGGGAGAAGAAAAAUGUUUGUCGGUGGCCACCGAAGAAGGAAAUGAACAGUCACGUAGCAAUUUGGCGGAAGUAGAACUUGUGAUUAAAGUCUAUACUUACCUGGUAAACAAUGAAAAGUUGGCACCACCAACAGUUAGAAUUUUGACGCAAUACAAUGCACAGCGCCAUGCGAUAAACGAAGCACUUAAGAUGGAAGGUUUUGACAAUGCUGAAGCAAAUACUGUGGUAUCCAGUCAAGGUGGAGAAUGGGAUUACGUGAUAUUUAGCACUGUACGGUCCCUCCCAGACUACAGAAUAGAGGAACAUCCAACACGGGGGUGGUGCAUGCAGAAUCUGGGCUUUAUUACUGAUCAACAUCAGAUCAACGUGGCUCUUACUAGGCCAAGGAAAGGACUUAUUAUAAUAGGAAAUCAACAACUGCUAAAAUGUGACGGUGUUUGGAAAGAACUGCUAAAACACUACGCGAGACAAGGUUGUAUUGUGGACUCCGAGAAUCUUUAUCAAACGAUUGAUGGCUUGGCACGGUUAUAGUCAACCAAUGCUCACCCUUUAUUAUACCGUGUAGUCAGACGCAGAAUUGACUUACCCCUUACGGAGGAGUAAUUUUAGGGAUUUUAUAAUGUCAAAAGAGAAAGAUGUAGCAACCAUUACGGGACUUAUUAAUAGGGAUAUUCAAUUUCAUUGAUUUCAGAAUCUUCACUAAUAUCAAAAUUGAAUCCUCGCUAAAAAUUCUGCUUACCGGUAUACUAUUUUGUGAUUAUCUUUUUCAUAAGAUUAGUUUUUUACAUGAAAAAGCAAGGCAUACUAUUUUUAUUUGUAAAUAUGUGUUGUUUUUUUUGUAUAUAUGUGUACUUCUAAACUUUAUUGAAUGUUUUUACAUAUGUUACAAUGAUAUUGAGAAUUCUUUUCCAGUAAUGGCUGGUUUAGAGAGAAUAAUCCUUUAAAAGUCAAAAGUUUAAUCAUCUGAAAGAUGUGUUCUGAAUUUAAUUCAAAACUGUCAUCUUGAAAUACCUUUUUAUUUUAAACUGUAUGACCCCAAUGGCAUUGAAGGACAGUAUACAGAUUUUGAUGUUUUAUGAUCUCAGUCCUGUAUACAAGGGACUGUAAAAAAUGUUUUACUGAAAUCUGGUAUGAUUUGAUCACACUUAGUAUGU